AUGACGACUCUCAUACCGCAUGCACCCUACUCCCAGGAUGAGAUCGACAAGCUCUACCCCAAGGAGUUAAAGCUUCAGCUGGUUCAAGUUUUCCUGCGACAUGGCGAGCGCACACCAGUGUCUUCGCGCUUUGAAAAUGCAGGAUUGCUACCAUAUUGGCCUUACUGCAAUGUCGCCCGUCGCAUGGUCCAGAUGGCCGCGAGUAAUGAGGACCUCUCAUCUUGGAAUGGCUUCAAGUGGAAGAGGAAGAUGGAAACGUUCGGCGACAGGGAUCAAACAAUAGUUACUGUCGGUGCAGGUGGUGACAUCGAAGGCAUAUGGCAAGUCAACAUAUACCCGGUGUGCGCAAGUGCGGCUAGUUCUAACUGCUCGAGCAGUCAACACGGAGAAUUGACCGAUAAAGGACGUGAGACCACAUACCAGCUCGGCCAACGUUUACGAAACCUAUAUGUCGAUCAGCUCGGAUUUAUGCCCAAGAUAAAGUCCGACACAGAAGACAUGUAUCUCCGCGCGACGACUAUCCCGAGAGCUCUCGAGUCACUUCAACAAGCGUUCUGGGGGAUGUAUCCUCCCAAUGCCCGUACGGAAGACCUUCAACCACCAGUGAUUGUGGCGCGCUCUGUGUCAGAGGAGACUCUCUUCCCCAACGAGAGCAGCUGCCGCCGAUUUAGACAACUCGCGAGGCUAUUUGCCGAUAAAGCAGCAAAGAAAUGGAAUGAUUCUGAAGAAAUGGACUAUAUCAACAGCGUCUAUGGCAAAUGGAUGCCUGAGAAUUCACCCCGGGUAGCUGUUGAUUCUCACCCUCGUCUAUCCGGUAUUCAGGACACGAUCAACGCUACAGAUGCCCAUGGACCCGCUACAAGACUCCCCACGGAAUUCUACAACAACAAGGCGCGGGCAUAUAUGGAGCACAUCGCAGUCGAUGAGUGGUUCACCGGCUACAACGAGAGCACCGAGUACCGGAAACUCGGCAUCGGGGCUCUGAUGGGCGACGUUGUCGACCGCAUGGUGACCACCGCUGUAGACGGCGGCUGGCGCAGCGAAACCUCCGCGUCUGGCUCUUCCGCAGAGAAGGGCAAAGCCAUCAAGUUCGCUAUGAGCGGAUGCCACGACACCACUCUGGCCGCCAUUCUGGGAAGCUUAGGCGCCCUGGAUAACAGAUGGCCUCCUUUCACAUCCUCCAUCGCCGUCGAACUUUUCUCUCGCGCAGGCUCAGCUUCUUCGGAAAGUACAAACACCGCGCUGCCCGCGCCUAAGCAAGGCGGCGGCCUUUUCUCCUUCCUCACCGGCUCAACCUCUUCAACCUCCAGCAAAACGCACCUCCUUCCGUCAUCAACGGCCCGAACUCCUCUUGAGUCUCUCCCAGACUCUGCCCGCCAGUCCCUCCAGGAACACUACGUCCGUAUCCGCUACAAUGAUCGGGUUGUGCGCAUCCCCGGCUGUGCUGUGAAGCCUGAAAACCAUCUACCAGGCGACGACACCUUCUGCAAACUGGAUGCAUUCAAGGAGAUCGUCGACAAGUUUACGCCGAAGAGCUGGAGGAGCGAGUGCGUUCAGAAUCUGGGAGAGGGGUUGUAUGGCAAGGAUGACAAGGAGAAGGCCAUUUCUGGUUUCUAG